UGAAAAAAAAAAAAAAAAUGGAGGUGAAGUUGAAGAGCAGUUUAAUGAUAAAGCCGGCAGAGACAACAUGGAAAGGUUGUUUAUCUCUAUCAGAGUGGGAUCAAAUUGGAUUCAUAAACCAUAUUCCCACCACAUAUUUCUACCGGCUAAGUCCGACGACACCGUUUGACGACUCCAUGAGCAACACCCUCAAAGAAUCCUUGAGCCGAGCACUUGUUCCAUUCUAUCCACUAGCAGGCCGUCUUCGGAGGAUCGAUGGAGGCCGACUCGUGCUCGACUGCAACGCCAUAGGGGUCCAAUUCAUCGAGGCCGAGUCCAAAACCAAACUAGAAGAAUUCGGUGACUUUUAUUCUUCUUCAUCAGAAAUACUGGGUCAGCUUAGCCCAUCAGUGGACUACACCAGUCCAAUUGAUGAGCAACCGCUUUUCCUUGUCAAACUCACCAGGUUCUCCUGCGGAAGCAUAAGCCUAGGCACUACCAUUUCACAUGUCAUCGUCGAUGGUCUGAGCGCCUCGCAUUUCAUCACUGAGUGGGCCCGGUUGGCCCGCGGCGAGCCCUUGUUGAAAAUGCCGUUUCUCGAUCGAAAGGCUUUGCGAGCCGGCGAUCCGCCGUCCCGGCUUUCGACUCCUCAUCUCGACCGUUCGGAUUUUCAUCAUCCUCCGCUGUUGAUCGGACAUUCUUGCAGCGUAGACGAGAGGAAGAAGAAAUGCAGCGGAGCAUUAUUAAAGCUUUCGCAAGAACAUGUGGCAAAAUUGAAAAUAAUGGCAAAUGAAGGACGGAAUAUGAACAGCAAACCCUAUACGAGAUAUGAGAUCCUUGCAGGGUUCAUUUGGAGGUGUGCUUGCAAAGCAAGAAAGCUCGAGGACGAGCAGCCGACGACGUUAGGCAUCUGCGCCGAUUCGCGUAAGCGAAUGCGGACGAUGUUGCCGGCCGAGUAUUUCGGCAACGCCUCGUUUAUCGUGACCGCCACUAGCAAUGCAGGCGAGUUGCUGUCGAAGCCGUUAGGGUUCGCGGUGAGCAAAGUGAGAGAAGCGAUUGGGAAAGUGACAGAGGAAUAUGUUUGGUCGGCUAUUGAUUACUUGAAGUCUCAAUCGGACUUGACCAAGUUUCAAGACUUCAAUGGGCUGUGGAGUUGCAAAGGACCUUACUUUGGAAACCCUAAUGUUGUUGUUAUGAGUUGGAUGACUUUGCCAGUUUAUGGUCUUGAUUUUGGAUGGGGAAAAGAAAUUUAUAUGGAUCCCGGAACUCAUGAGCAUUUUGAUGGAGAAUCAUCCAUCCUUUCCAACCCUGAUGGAGAUGGAUCUUUGCUUGUCAAAAUGGAUUUACAUGUGGAGCAUAUGGAAAGCUUCAAGGAGCAUUUCUAUAAUGAUAUCAGGUAGCAAUGUAAAUCCGUGGGGGAGAACAAAAAAAUUUAUCAAAGGUGACAAUGAUACAUAUGCUAUAAUUUUCUAGAGGUACAUCUAGCGCCUGCUUAAUUACAUGUAAUUGUGGUGUGCUAUAAAGUCCAGUAGAAUAAAAUAGGAUACAUAUAGUUAACUAAUCCUACAAUCAAAUUUGAUAUGCGUAUGUUCCGAAAAGAAGAAUGACAAAAUUAUAAAGGAUGUUUAUUAGUUUGUUGUGGAUCUGUAGGGCGUGCCUUUCUUGCUUAU